GCCGCCGGCCACGCCUCUUCCGCUUCCGGCGUCGGCGCAGCGCGGCCGGAAGUGCAGGCCCCCGGAGCGGAGCCGCCAUCAUGGCCGACAAGAUGGACAUGUCCCUGGACGAUAUCAUUAAGCUCAACCGGAGCCAGCGCGGGGCCGGCCGGGGCGGCGGCCGGGGCGGCCGGGGCCGGGGCGGCGCCACCCGCGGGGGCGGGCCCGGCCGGGGCGGCGUGGGAGCCGGGCGAGCGGGAGGCGGCGGCCCCGUGCGGAACAGGCCGGUGAUGGCCCGGGGCGGCGGCAGGAACCGGCCCGCGCCCUACAGCCGGCCGAAGCAGCUCCCCGAGAAGUGGCAGCACGACCUGUUCGACAGCGGCUUCGGGGCGGGGGCCGGCGUGGAGACCGGCGGGAAGCUGCUCGUCUCGAACCUGGACUUCGGCGUCUCGGAUGCGGACAUCCAGGAGCUCUUUGCAGAGUUUGGGACCUUGAAGAAGGCAGCUGUGCACUAUGACAGAUCUGGCCGCAGUCUAGGGACAGCAGAUGUGCAUUUCGAAAGGAAGGCAGAUGCUCUGAAAGCGAUGAAGCAGUACAACGGAGUCCCCUUGGACGGACGCCCCAUGAACAUUCAGCUGGUCACGUCACAGAUCGACACACAGAGGAGACCAGCACAGAGUGUAAACAGAGGAGGCAUGACCAGAAACCGUGGUGGUUCAGGAGGAUUUGGUGGUGGAGGAGGCAACAGGCGAGGUACUCGUGGCGGGAACAGAGGGAGAGGCAGAGGAGCUGGGAGAACUUCCAAACAGCAGCUCUCCGCAGAAGAACUAGAUGCACAGCUGGAUGCUUACAAUGCUAGGAUGGACACCAGCUAAAGCGGUGGGCGGCGGGCACAGGGAAGGACUCCGAUCUCGCUCCACGCUCCCCGGCGGGGGCUGCGGCCGUGGCUACUAAUACCGAGGAUGGGAUUUGUUUUACUUUUACGUUCUGGGAUAGGUUUUAAACUCCUGUAAAGGUUUUUUUUAAUUCUGAAGCAGACCUGUUUUGUACCGAGUUAUUUUUGGGAUAAAUUUUACUGGUUGCCUGUUGGGCCGAGGUGGCUUUUUCACCUUUGCCGUAAUAAAAUAGAACCGUGUCUAGA